AUGGCCAAAACUUCCAAGACGGUCCCCAAAAAGGACAAAGCAUCGUCUUCUUCUGCCUCCCGGCCGGCCAGACCGGUGGUGCCGCCAACACUUGAGGAGAUCACCCCUGGUCCUUGCAUUAUUAAGAAGGACUUUAGUAUUGAGAAUCCCCCUGAUGUCCCAGGUCGAUGCGAACAUGCGUCUCGAUAUAUUAGCUUGAUAACGACGAAGCUUGUCGAGGAUGUAAAGAAGGACUGUGAUGAGGCCGGCUCCGCCCAGGGAAAAAACCAAGCCUUCAAAUCCGAAGUCCGAGAAGGACAAAAAAAGAAAAGGGUCUCGAAACCUGAAGGCCCUCAAGACAAGAAAACCCCCGCUCAAAGGCUGCGGAAAAGAUUUGCUCAAACGGGCGCAGACUCGGCCCAUGACUCCCCGGAUGAUGAAGAAAAUGAUGAUGAAGAGUCGGCGCUGGUGACUCGGACCAGGAAGCCAAUCGAGGUCGCCAAGCCUUCCGAACCGGAAACCUCGUCCCGCGGUGAGGAUGCCCCGAAGGAAGAAACGGGCAAGGUCCCUGCAUCCCCGGAGGUCGAGAUUGUCCCUCCGUCUUCAACAACUAUACCAGAGGGGGUAAAUGCUGAGUCUCCCAAUGUUAAUGAGAACGCCCCAAGUGAAGAGCUCGGCGCCGCGACAAUGGGUCACUCCCUUUCAUUUCCAACUUAUUCUGAGGGGGCAAUCGAAGAAGCCAACGUUUUGCGUAUGCCCGACCCAAAUAAGAUUAUCGAGGACAAUCCUUUUCAGGGUUGCUAUGCUGGGAUUGAGGAUGCCAACGACCUUAAUCAUGCAUCCUCCAUUUUUGAAGAGGCUCAACGUCUCCUUUCCCGGGACAUUGUGAAGAUUAGAGCUGAGCUGAGCCAAUGUGAGGCUGAGCUCAAGAAGGUUUUGGGUGAAGAGAAAUCCUUGAGGCUCCUCUGUAGCCAGAAGGAAGAAGAGCUUAAGGAUCUCCGAACCACAUUGGCCAAAGCUCAAAAAAGUGAGUCCGAGCUAGAUGAGCAGGCCAGGAAAAUCGAGGGGUUGGAGGCCGAGCUGGCUAACGCCCGGGCCGAAGCUGCACAGGCUAAGGCUGAAGCUGUACAAGCCAAAGCCAAAGCUGAGAAGACGAAGGCUGCGGCCGAUAAAUCUAUUUCUAUAUACUUGAGGGAAACCAUAGCCGUUCAAGCUGAGUUGAGGGAGGCCUCUGACCGAGGAAGACGUAGCAAUGAAUUGGCUAAGUGCCGAGCCCGGAGGGAGACUCUCGAAGAAAUCCAUGCCCGAGGGUUCAACCUCGCCGGGGAGAUAGCCGAAGCAAAGGCGCGAGAAACCGAUGCUAGGUUUCUUGUCUCCUCCGAUAAUGAGGAUGUGGUGAGUGGCUCCGGGGACGAGGAAGGUGAAGAAGAUGUUCCCGAAGGAGAUGAGACUCCCGAAGAUAGAUCCGCUGGAGAUGUAGUUUCUGAAGACGACACUCCCGGGGGUGUGACCUCGAAAAUAGAUUAG